CUCGUACUGUAAGGAGACCCUCGCGCUUUUCUUCGUUUCACCCUAACAGGUCAGUGGUGGUGAGCUUGCGACGAUACUUUUCGUCGGAAUACCGAUUAAUUCAUUUUUUUGUACAUUAAUCACUUGCUUUUACAAUAUGAGAGUAUAUUCUUUCGUUAAGUUUUUUAAGUAAUGUAAAACUUAUAGUGAAAACACUUUUCAAUAGAACACAUUCAAUAUAAGACAUGAUUUUUUCGAAUGAUAAAUUCGUAGUCUCGUAGACAGUUCGGUUAAAAACGAUUCAAAUCAAUAAAACAUUGUAAAUAUAAUCGUGAAAAACUUACUAAUUAUUCUUACGCUAAUGACGUCAGUGGUAUACCGAUACUGACUUGUAUCACCUGUGAAGGAUUGGCGCCCCGGAAAUUACGGACGGUCUAUUGAAAAUUUUAUUUCCUUCAAAAAUAUCACAUAAACAUACGUUCGCGCAAAGAGUAAUAGUUCUACGAUCCAUAUUUUGCUUAUCUGAUAAACAUUUAUUUUAUAUAUUUUACGUUUUAAGUUAAAAGUUUGCUCUUCUUCUCAGGAAUGUCAACAUAUGGAUGGAGUACGUAGGUAUGCGUGGAAUAUCCGAUUGAUCCUCGUAAUACACAAUAAUUCUAAAAGGAUAACAGAAUAUAACGAGAGAAGACAAAGAAGACUGAAGAGAAAAAAAUGGCAAACACGGCGCAUUUAGUCCGUCGUCAAAGUUCUCGGGAUUUAAAGCCACAAAAGAGCGUCGAUAAGUUGGAAAUGAAAGAAAUGAGAGGUAGAUUAGUUGUGGACAAUCGUAAAAAUAUUACCAGUGUCAAUUACGGAGCUACGAAUGCAGCCUUCGAUGAUUCCAGUCCAAAUAAAAAGAAUAAACCGGGAAAUGAAGGUGGGGGUAAUAAAUUAGGGAGUAACGAAGGUAAAGGAAUUUUUCGACCAGAAGCUGGUGAGGACGAACGUGAAAAUUGGGAUAGUAAGCUCACGUUUCUUUUGGCUACUGUCGGUUAUGCCGUUGGCCUCGGAAAUGUAUGGAGAUUUCCUUAUUUAGCUCAAAAAAAUGGUGGAGGAGCGUUUCUGAUACCCUAUUUUGUUAUGCUGGCGAUCGAGGGUAUUCCUAUAUUUUACCUUGAAUUGGCUAUCGGCCAAAGAUUAAGAAAAGGAGCCAUCGGUGUUUGGAAUCAGGUUUCACCAUACAUGGGUGGUAUAGGUGUUAGUAGUGCCGUCGUUUCUUUCAACGUGGCCCUUUAUUACAAUACUAUCAUCGCUUGGUGCCUCUUUUAUUUUGUCCAGAGUUUUCAAUCUCAACUACCAUGGGCCGAAUGCCCUAAUAGAUAUUUUCAAAAUGGAUCUUAUGCACCGGAACUAGAAUGCUUGCAAAGUAGCCCGACUCAAUAUUUUUGGUAUCGGACGACUCUGAUGAUAUCUAAAGAUAUUAAUACUCCGGAGGUAUUUAAUUGGAAGAUUGCAUUGGCUCUAGUUAUUGCUUGGAUUUUGGUUUAUAUGUGUAUGAUCAAAGGAAUCGCAUCGUCAGGCAAGGUCGUUUACGUAACCGCUACGUUUCCAUAUAUCGUGUUAAUUAUCUUCUUCUUCCGAGGCGUCACUUUACCGGGAAUGUCAGAUGGAUUACGGCAUCUUUUUACACCGAAGUGGUGGACACUUACAGAUCCAGUAGUAUGGUUGGAAGCUGGUACUCAAAUAUUCUUUUCUCUUGGCUUGGCAUUUGGAGGUUUAAUAGCCUUUUCUUCCUACAAUCCAGUAAAUAAUAAUUGUUAUCGUGACGCGAUCAUGGUCAGCUUUACGAAUUGCUUUACCUCUAUGUUCGCUGGAAUCGUUGUUUUCUCUAUUAUAGGAUUUAAAGCCACUAUGGUUUACGAGGAAUGUUUGACGGAACGAAAUACGUUAUUAAUUAAUAUUUUCGGUACCGAGGACAAAAUACCCGAUAUUAUUCCCGACGCAAAUACGCUACUUAAUGUUACCACUGGAAAUGGUUCUUUGGACAAUUUAAUUAUGCCAAAAUUACCGGUAUGCGAUCUGGAAAAGGAAUUAGAUAAUUCUGCAUCAGGUACUGGUUUAGCAUUUAUCAUCUUCACAGAAGCUAUUAAUCAAUUCCCUGGUGCCCAAUUUUGGUCGAUUUUAUUUUUCUUGAUGUUAUUUACUUUGGGUAUUGAUUCUCAAUUUGGUACUCUCGAAGGUGUCGUCACGAGUAUUGUCGAUUUGAAGCUUUUUCCCAAUUUACGGAAAGAAAUCUUAACAGGUGCAAUUUGUUUGGUGUGUUGUAUAAUUUCAAUGGCUUUUGCUCAUGGUGCUGGCAGCUACGUCUUCGUACUUUUUGACAAUUUCAGUGGAAAUUUUCCUUUAUUGAUCAUCGCGUUCUUCGAAUGUAUUGGAGUAUCUUAUGUGUAUGGCUUGAAAAGGUUUGCCGAUGACAUAGAAUUAAUGACGGGUAAUCGUCCGGGACUUUAUUGGUUGAUUUGUUGGAAAUAUCUCAGUCCUUUGGCGAUGUUAAGUAUUUUGAUUGCUUCAUUCGUCGAAAUUAUUAUGGAAGGGAGUGGUUAUCCAGCAUGGGUUUCAAGUUUAGGUACAACGGAAAAACAUGAAUGGCCAGUAUGGGCUCUCAUCCUUAUUGGUAUUCUUAUUCUUGCUUCCGUUCUUUGGAUACCUGCGAUUGCCAUUUGCAGAUGUUUUGGUAUUCUCAUAAUCGAUGACAAUGAAAAAGCCUGGUUUCCUGCAGCAGAUUUGAAAGAAUUUCACGGAAUCGUACCCCAUGAAGUUACUGCUGCUGAAACUUUAUUAUUCUGCAUAAGAACCGAUGGUACAGAAGGACUAUGUUGUCCAACAGGUGGUCCUAGCGAUGAUGACGAGGAUCUCACCUAGGAAAGGUCUUAUUUGUUCCAUAUUAAUAUUCGUUUAAUUGCUUUCUAAUUCGAGAAACAGUUGUUUCUGUUAAACAAAUAAUCGACAUAAUCAGUACUUACGAUUGUCUGAUUCAAUGACAUCAGAAUUUUUAUUGAUUUAUUUUCAUUACUAAUCAUGUUUAAUUAUAGGAUUCAUCGAGUCAAUUAAUCUGAAAAUAAUAUAAAUUCUUGCAUUAUAUGAGAUAUAACAUUUAUACGACGUAUAAAAAUUGAUCCUUUUAUGAAGAUAUUUUAUCACUACUGUUUCUCGUGAUUUUAAACAAUAUCAAGGUCCGCAAGUGUGUCAAUAUUAGUCAAGAGAAAUACAGAAAUCUGUUCGAAGUUUUGGAAAUUUACAAACAUAUUAGAUAUUAGGUAAGAAAAUAUAUAGUACUUAUAUUAUUAGAAGCUAAAAAUGAAUACAAAUCGUCGUUUUCGCUGUAUUCGUAAUACGGAUAAAUGAAUGACAACUUGAAUUUCAUGAGAAAAUAUUGCAACUGUAUUUUUCGUACGUCGAAUGUAUUGCUAUUAAGCUUAGCAUUGUCUUCGACGUGUAACUUUUAUUUACAUAUUAAGAAAAAAAAUAUACUCGAAAUGCGAUGCAAAUUUAUAAAUGUUUUAAAUGUCUCACUCUCUCAUGCAAUAUUUAUUAUUGCUUGUAUCAGACAGUAUCUAUCAAUGAUACUGGAUUCUAUAUUCUAAAUUAUUGAUAAAAAAAUAUUAAGUAUUAUAAUGUUUUUCUGUGUUUUAUCUACAAACUUCAAUGCUUUCAAAUACUAGAAUUGCUUUGUAUUUUUUAAAAGCAUUGUAUUCCGAAAAAGAACGUUUGGAAUUAAUCGUAAAUACGAAUGCUAGUGGAAAGAACAUAAACAUAUUAGUAUGUAUUGAUCUGUCGUUUUUAGAGAUCCUGAUAUAUAUUUACGUAUAUUCAAAAAAGUUAUUCCGGAAAUUUUGACAAUAAAAGUACAGCUUAUCAAUAAUAUCAGCAAUUGCACAUUUAUUGUUUAGCAAUUGCAAUUAAUGUGAGAUUUAAGAAUAGAAUAGGAGCCGUCCAUUCAAUAAGUUAAAAAGGGGCGUCUCCCAAGUUUUCUUUUUUCAUUUUCUGUUUUCGUAAAAUUUUAAACAACGCUACUUAGCCGAUUCUUUAUUCUGCCUGUCCCGACUAUUUCUAGUAAAUUUUUAUAUAAGGUUUUAACGAUACUAUGUAACGUUCUCAUAUUAACAAAAAAAAUUUAUCUUGUUAAAUGUGUGAAGUAAGUUUUAUGAUUCGUAUAUCAGAUAGAAAAUUACAUGUUCUCUUCUUAUAAGGAGAAGAAAUCAAAAGGUACAAAUUACUGUCGUUUACUUUUGAAACGAUAGUUAGAAAUAUCUACGUUCUUCGAUGAUCGCGAUACGUGCUUACUCUGAGUUUAUAAUAUCACGAUAUAAUAUUAUCGUUUAUAAUAAAAGAUAAGACAAAGUUUCAUUAAUAAUAAGUCUGGAUGGCAGAAAGAAUUGAUCGGCAGAAUUGGUAGCUUUAUCGCGUUGAAAGUAUAUCAAUAGUGAUAGAAAUGAAAAUGGAAACAACUGGCAUAUCGUGAUGGUACAUAUAAACCUGCUCUAUGUACGUAUGACAAAAUUUAUUCAUGAUUUUAACGUGAUUCGUCAGUCGUAAUUGUAAGGCUUAAGGACAAUACGAAAUUAUGUAAUACCUCGAUAAGGGAUUUAUGAUGACAAUAAUAAAAUUCAAUCGAAUUAAUCGAUGGAAAUGUGACGACAAUAUAUAAACAUAACGUGACGUUAACGUCAAAAUAAUUUUGACCGUAGUUUCGUUAAGUAUGUUGCAAUGUUAUUUUUAAUACAAUAUUCAAUAUUAGAAAUGUUAAAAUAUAAAGACUGUUCCAAUUAUAUAGCGAAAACAUGUUUAGCAACUGUUUUUUUUUGUCAAUCAAGAUGGAGAAAAAUUAUUAUUGAGAUUAAUUAUUUUAGAAUGUUUUUAAUUCUUAGAAAUAGAAGAGAAAAUUACAUGCAGAUUAUUGAGUAAAAUAAUUAUUUAAUCAAUGCACGUGCAAUCGUUUUCAGACAAUAGAACAAAAUAGAGUUUGUUAUUACACAAAAUAGGAAUAUAAUUAAUAGAAAACUUACAUUUAUUAUAAUUAUGUUUUCCUUCAUAGAAUAUCUUCUCAAAUAGCUCGUGUUUGCUUUAUUACUAAGGUGCUAAACUAUAUAAUAUAAGGACGAUUAAAUAAAAAUCGAUUACAAUAAUUCUAUAUAUACGUAUAGUUAUUAAUAUUUACUUGUUAAGAGAUCCAUAAGAAUCUAUUGAUUGCUUUGACAAUAAUUCCGUUGCCUUAAAUGGUAUAGCAAUUUAUGUAUACAUAUUUGUAUUGAGUUUAUCCUGGUUGAUAUAAUGUAAAUAAUUAUUGAUAUUGGCUGUAAGAAUUUUAUCGACAAUAAGGUAUCUGUAUACUGACGCACGAACAUGUUUGACAAGAAAAGAUUCAUGUCCCUAAAAUUCGAAUCAUGAUAUAUGUAUUUAUAUCGAAUUUUUUCUUUGUACUAUUUAUGUAUUUGUUAGAUUAGAGGAUACAAUAGCGAUCAUAUAUUUGCACUUAACGUACAAAUAUUACGGACAAUAAAACGUCUCAUAUCGUUUGAAUUUCUCAUAUCACUAACAAUAGGAAAAGAUGUUAUGGAAAGAUUAGCAUCGAUAAAUAAAAAUGAGAUUAUGUAUAUGAAACCAUAUCAUGUUUUGAAGAAGAUUAGGAUACAUUUAAUUUAUUGUCUUAAAUGUGUAUGUUUUUGAUUAUUAAUUUACAAAGCAGUACAUUUCAAUGUAUCCGUGUAUCUAUAAAAUUUCAAUUAAGCGUGAAAUUAAGCGUGAAAUAAAGUGAUUGUAAAUUAGUUUAUUGUGCUACGAAGCAUUUAUAUUAUGAUUGAUAUCGUGUGAUUGAAAUUUUAUUAUUGAUAUAUUAUAUGAGAUACAAUUAACAUAAGAUGUAGCUUGUGCAAUAAUUAAUAGGAUAUAUUAUUAAAGCGGAUGGUAGUAAUCGUUAUAAUUAUAUAUAUAUAUAUAUAUAUAUAUAUAUAUAUAUAUAUAUAUAUAAUGAAUAAAUAAAUAAAAGGGUAUAUAUAUACAUAUGUGCACAUAUGUAUGUACAUAUGUAUAUGUAUAUAUAUAUAAACACACAUACUAAUAUUGGAUAUACGUAAAAUUGUACAUAUAUUGUUGUCAGUUAAAUGUUGAAAUAAAUACUAUGCCG